AUGAUCACUGCUCAACUUGAAGACAUCGAUAGAAGCUCGUCACCAACUGAAUUAAGACAGAUGGGAGUGCGCGAUGUGGUGGCUCCUCUUUUUCGAAGGAAGACCUUUGAUGCGUCCUCCUGUCUUGACUCACAGCUAAAAAGAUGUCUCAGCGUCAUUGACGUGAUGUUUCUGGCAAUAGGACAGAUGAUUGGGGCUGGAAUUUACGUACUCGCUGGUUCUGUCGUGCAUUCCCAAACGGGACCAUCGAUCAUCAUCUCGUUUAUGCUGGCCGGAUUCGCAGCUCUGAUGUCCGCUUUCAGCUAUGCGGAAUUCGGAGCGAGAUAUCCCCGAGCUGGUAGCGCUUAUACUUAUGCUUACGUGGGUGUUGGAGAAAUUUGGGCGUUUACCAUUGGAUGGACUGUAAUUCUUGAAUACAUGAUCGGAAAUGCAGGUUAG